CCCAUCAUUUUCGUCACCAGUUCAUAUUUCUCUGCAAAUUCAAAUCUGUCAUUUCCGCCAUGAGUUCCGAGGCUACGGUAACGACGGCUAAGGGUGGCAGGGGCAAACCUAAGGCCAAAUCGGUGUCUAAGUCUCAUAAAGCCGGCCUUCAGUUUCCCGUCGGCCGCGUCGCCCGUUAUCUUAAGAUUGGUCGCUACGCUCAGCGCGUAGGAUCUGGAUCCCCUGUGUAUCUCUCUGCCGUUCUUGAGUACCUCGCGGCUGAGGUUCUGGAACUGGCUGGGAAUGCUGCCAGGGAUAACAAGAAGAGCAGGAUUAUACCUAGGCACAUUCAACUUGCUGUGAGAAACGAUGAGGAAUUGAGCAAGCUGCUAGGUUCUGUCACUAUUGUAAGUGGGGGUGUGCUGCCGAAAAUCCAUCCCAAUUUAUUGCCCAAGAAGAAUCUAAAAGACAAACCUGAAGUUGGCUCUGCGAGUCAGGAGUUUUAGACGCGAUCCACAGCUUAGCUAGUUAUCUAUCAAAAGUUUGAAGUAAAUUAUCUUUUGCUUCUUUCUUCUCAACUGAUAAGUAGGGUGUAGUGGCGUCUUUGUAUAUCCAUAUUUUCCAAAUUAAAGAAAUUUAAUUUGUUCUGGUCAA